UACAGUAAUGACUGGUGUAGUGGUCUCCUGUCCCCAGAAGCUGACAGAAACAUUGAUAGCCUCUGCCAGACUGGGCUGUGGUCAAGACAAGUAUGGUAACAAACAGUACUUAUGUCUCCCGAACUCAGAAAAGACGGGUCUGGUAGAAUUCUGUCACGAUGGAGUCAUGGGGAUAUUGGAGAGAGGUAAUUGUUUGGAGACCACUGGCGAUCAACUGUCAGAAACUAACUGCUCACAUUUCCUAAUGGGCUGUCCAGAUACAGAAGUCCACAUUAACGAAAUGUACAGAUAUCCCGCCUGUUUAAGAAUUAGUACAGAGUAUCACUGUUAUCUUGCUGAUCCGUUCUGUGGAAAUACUGCAUGGGAUAAAACUACCAAAGACACAACAGAGACAUUGGUGACCCAGGGAUUCUCUACAGACAAUGGCGUGUAUAAUAUAACAGAAACGAUUAUUCAAACAACCACAUUGGCAGAUAAUAACUCAGCAUUAAUUGGGGCAAUCGUGGGAAGUCUGGUAGUUGUGUUAGUCGCUAUUCUUCUACUUUUGACUGUAUUUAUAGUUUUACGAAGAAGAAAACUGAGACAAGAAAAAGGAAAAGCUGAAGUUAUAGAAGACGUAAAGGAAGUCUUAUUGAAACCGUUACCAACAAUAGACAUCAGACAAGGAACUACAGAGAUACCAAAAACGGUCGUCAAUGGAGAUCCAGCGGAUAGUGAAGAUCCAGCGGAUAACAAGGAUUUUGUCAUACAAGAUGAUGACAGCGAUAUUUUUGGUGAUUCUGAAAAUUUUUGGAUACAAAGCAUGAGAACAAGAGAUCUCUCUCACUUUGUGGGCGAUUACAGGGUUUGGAAAACAAAGAUAUCAGAUCCGUUCUCCACACUGACUGAUGACGAGGUGUUGGUGUUAUUCUGUUUUCUGUGUUCUGACUGCGGUCCUCCUGACUUCACUAACACAGAGUGGCUGGACAUACUUAAUGAGAUACGACAGUACGCGUACGUUCAACAGAACGUGUACCGUAACUAUAAUCCUGUAACAAGUGAGGAAGCACAGCAGACUCUGGACAGACUGAAGUCAAGUGAUUACCUUUGGGAAGAUCAGGACAAGAUAACGGAGGACACAAAGGAUGAGACAAUGUAUUGGAUAGCAUCAAUAGACAUUAAUAUACCAAUCUAUCACAGUAGUUAUGACACAGCCAGUGUGUACCUGAGAUCACGGAGAUACAACAGAAAACCUGGAGAGAAGUGUGUCACUAGUCCUGUCUGGGAUCGCUUACUGAUACGCCGUCUACAGAUGAACAUACUGACUCACGUCACCAUGGAGGACACGGAUAUAUAUGAUGAGAUACACAAGAUAUUGAAUAUUUCAAACCAGAUACUAAAGGAGAGUGAGGAUAAAAGAAAAGAGUUUCUAUCGGAUCUAAGAAGAGAAGGGGAGGCUGUACAUUACGGAGGGAGAUCACAGGACAGUGUCGAUCACGUGACGUGGCUCUGGAGAUACGGGAGACCUGACAUCGUGAGAUCCUGUAUAGGUCUCCAUCCACACUGGGAUAUUUACAUCAUCGACAACAAAGCUUACAGAAAAUCAAGUAAACACCAUAACUAUUCACCGAAUAUCAAAUGUCUACUAUACUGCUUACUGUUCACUGAGAAAUAUCAGUUUAAACUCGAUGAACAAUCAUACAGAGACACAAGAGACAAAAUCAGAGACAGAUAUUUCCCUGAUAUUACUGAUGACGGCUCGGUAGAUCUUCCUGGUGGAAUCACAGAAACACGUGACGGUUUGAUAACGUUUGUAUCAGACGACAUCCAACAUGACGUCAUGUACGCCUUUGUUACGGAGUGUUUGGUGAAGGACAGUGAUCUGGAGUUUUUCCUGACCACGGCGUCACGUGACGUGAUAUCAGAAUACUGCCGGUCCUGGGAGUAUGAGAGGAGUGAGGGAGAGAGAUGUCUGUAUGUACCGGACAGUCCGGAGAAGAUGUACGACCUCUUCAUAGACAAACUACAGCUGGACAUCAUCACACACUGUACCAUGUCUGACAGGGAGAUUCAUGACAGCAUCAGUGAUUUUUUGAAUAUACCAGAAGAAGUUUUAACAUGGGAUUUAGAAGAAAGAAAACGAUUCGUACGCAACAUGAAUAAAGACAGUGUUCCUAUGUAUCGUGCAAGGUGUCUCCUAGUGGGCUGUACAGGGGCAGGGAAGACAACUGUACUACGUAAUCUGAAGAGAACGAAAGGGGAGGAAGAUACCAAUCAACCAACAGAGACAACUAUAGGACUGGACGUUCACCAGGAUCUGUUUCUCAUUGGAAAAUCUGAAGAUGACAAUGGAAGCACUCUAUUCGACUUUGAAAGGAAUGCUUCUCCGCAGAAAGAAAAUGACAGCAAACAAUUACUGAGUGUGAUGGACUUUGCAGGACAAGUAGCAUAUUAUGCUUGUCACCAAGUCUACUUAUCCCGCAGAGCAAUGUAUCUGUUAGUCGUAGACAUGACUCAGGAUUUAAACACUAAGCUACAACAAGAUGACAGAAAUUGUGUGCAGGGCACUCUGUUUGAAGACUGGACAGCGCUAGAUUAUUUCACAUUCUGGCUGCAGACUAUUAGAACAUAUGGCCAGGAAGAUGAUGGCCAACGUAAUAAAACAAAAUCUUACAACACAGAAAGCAGUGAACGCAAGAAACUUUUAGCGCCUAUCAUCGUGCUAAUAACACAUAAAGAUUCAUACAAAAAAUCAGAGGCUUACGAGAAGGAUGCAUCUGCAUAUGGAAGUUUUUACGUCAAACUACGUAAACAAAUGCCAGAUAAUAUAAAAAAUAUAGUUUGUAAACACUUUGAAAUGGAACUUCCUCCCCAAGAAAGAUCACAAAAAGAGCUUCAAGACCUUGAAGAAGUAAGACGCUACAUUGCAAAAACAACAGAAUCCCUUUCGCACUGGGGCGAGAAAAUACCGAAACAGUGGUCUGACUUCGAGCAAAUUAUUAGAGAAAAACAAAAAUUGAAAAUAUCCUCUCGAGUUGAGCUUCAGAAAUUUUCUAAAUAUCUUUCGAAAGACGAAUUUGAUGAUAUGCUGAAAUUUUAUCACGAAAUUGGAAUGAUUCUGUAUUUUAGAGAUUUAGGACCGGAUGUUAUCCUGGACAUUCAGUGGUUUGUUGAUGCAUUUAAAUACAUAAUAACUGAUCGGAAGCAUGUAUCAACAGAAACGGCAACCCAUGAUGAUUGGGAUCAAUAUUUUGAUUGCGGUAUGAUAACGGAAUCACUGAUGCGCAAGAUAUGGGAGGAGAAAAUUGGCAAGGGAUCAUCGUACGAGAAGUACUUGUUUAAGUUAAUACCCUUUAUGGAAAAACUUGGAAUUCUCGCAAAAAUGGAUCAGAAAUACCCGAAAGGAAGUCAAUGCUACUAUGUUCCAAGCAUGAACAAGAUGCAUUUUGAGAAAAAGGAACAUUGGACGACGUUAAACAAAUCGCCAAUCCUUUCGUUUUAUUUCAAAUCAUAUUUACCCCACUUUUUUUUCUUCCGCCUUGUAGUUGCUUGCUUUGCAUUAUUUUAUACUAAAGACAAAUCAUUUUACAAAAAUGUAGCAAUAUUUCAUGGAACUCAUGAAGAUGAGUAUCACACCGUUGUUAUUGCAGUCAACAAAACAUCAAUUCAAAUCCAGGUACUCACUCCGACAGGAAAUGACUUACCACUGCGUAAAGAAAGAACAAGGAGUAUCCGUUUAAAGAUUGAAGAGACAAUAGCAGAUCUGACAAAAACAUUCCAUGGAAAUGUAGAUUACGAGAUAGGCUUUCCAUGUCAAUGUAAACCAAUCAUCAUAACACAGGAAGAUGAAAAGCGAUUUAUUUCUGAAGAAGAACUUUUGAGAAUUUCUACAGAGGACCCUCCGUGUCCAAGGUGCAAGAUUGAUUCUGACAAAAGAAUAAACAAAAAAGAACUUUUGGAAAUAUGGGGGAAAGGGAGAAAAUAAGCUGUUUUCCACAUAAAGGUGUCUGAAUAUAUACCGGGUAUAUCAAGUAUUGACAUGAUGUUUUUCAUAGCAAUUGAAAACUUUAUCAAUAUCUAUUACUGUAACAUACAAAAAUAUCUUAAUCAAAGUUUCCAGUUUCAUUCGUAUACCAAGCAUUUGUUUGAAAUAUUUUAACUGUCUUUGUAUUUUAAUUCAAUAACAAAGUUUUAUUGCAUAUUUUUGUUAAGAGUUAAGACAUGAUUUGUAUUGUUGAAAUAAAUUAUACAAAAAUCAAUAGUAUGAAAACGUUCAUUUCUUUUAGCCAAAGAAUCUGCAUAAUUUUAUAUGAAAUAUAAAGGAUAAACAACAUUCCCCAGAUAAUUUUUAAAUAAUUAAAAUCUUUAACUGAAUUGUAUUUUAAUAUGCCAUGUCUCUGAAUGUAAGUUUUCCUUACUUAAAUUGGUAUUUGAACGUAUCAAGUAAAUUUUAUUUUUUGCUUUUGUUGUUUUACUUUUUUUUUAUUUAUAAGCAUAGACUUUAAUUUGAUUUUGUCGCUUUAGUCCCCGAAGUUUUUGAGUGAACUGGCAUGUAAUUCCUAUCAAACUUCAUUCGAUAUUUUACCACCUUGCAGUAGCAAGGAUUUUCUGGAAAAUUAUAAUAGUAUAUUUAUCUCAUUUCUCAACCAUUUACACUAAAAUUAACAACUCCUAAUAUUCAAAGCAUCUGGCCUUGGAACUGUCAAAGGAUUUCUUUUUUGUGUACAUUGUGUAUAUCUUCCCACCGAUUUGAUUAAUUAGUACUUCCCUUUUAGCGUUCAUGUUUUUUGUUCUUAUUUUUGAAAUGAAUCGAAGUAAAAUUGUUAAAGUCUUAUUUAGAAUUCAGAGAAAUUAUUACGUU